GGUGCUCGAUGAUGGCGCCUGGAGCCCCGCGUCGCCAUGGCUGCGAGGCUCCACUCCACCCGUCGCAGAUUGCGGUGGUGGGCAUCGGCCUGCUCUCGGCGGUGGUUUUCUACGGCUUCAGCGUGCAGGAGCUGCCAGGACUCAUGCAACGCACCGUCGUGCCGCUCUACAGCGUCCAGCUGGCCAUCACGACUCUGCUGUUUGUCAUCAUCUCGCGCUUCGAUCCGGGACAGCCAAGACACCAGGCGACACAUCCGAAACAGUCGAGAGCGGCAGAUGAGGACACUCGAGUUGCAGCGCCAAUUGCUGCAGGUGUGCACGUCGUCACAGCUCCAGCGAUCAAGGCGAGUCCUGUCAUGCUGACGUCGCAUCCAGUUGUCGUCACCUGCAGCGUCUGUGGCCGCAUGGCGCUCACCUACGACACCAGGCAUUGCGGUAGAUGCAACAAGUGCAUCCCGGGAUACGACCACCACUGCAUCUACCUGAACACGUGCAUCGGCACGCGCAACUACCCGCUGUUCGUUGGUCUGCUCUCGUGCUCGAUCCUGUUGCUGCUGACCCAGCAGGUUGUCACGGGCUACGCCAUCUCGCGCUUCCUUGCUCCGGGGCAAGACGACGAAGUAAAAGGUAAGAACGCUCGAGCCGUGUUACUGUGCGCACUGUCGAUCCUGUCCCUGCUCGAGCUG